AUGGCGUCAAACUCCCCAGCCCUCAGAGUUCUGGAGAACUACCGGGUCUCCCCACCACCCGGAUCGGUCGCUACUGCAUCUCUCCCCCUCACCUUCUUUGACAUAAUCUGGCUGACUCACCACCCUGUCGAGCGCCUUUUCUUCCAUCGCUUCCCCCAUCCAACCGCUCAUUUCAUAGACUCAUGCCUCCCUAACCUCAAAUCCUCCCUCUCUCUCACCCUGCAGCACUUCUUCCCUCUUGCCGGUAAUCUCCGUCGCUCCCCCGGCAGCGAUGACCGGUACGAGAUAUCCUACGUCGAUGGCGACUCGGUCUCCUUCACCGUGGCGGAGCACGAUGGUGAUUUCCAUGAUCUCUCCGACGCCCGUGCGUGCGACGUCUCCAAGCUCCUGCAGUUGGUCCCCCGGUUGCCCAAGUCCCAAGAUGCUCAGCCUUUGCUAGCCUUACAGGUCACCGUGUUUCCGAAUCACGGCAUCGCCAUCGGGAUGUCGGUCCACCAUUCUGCAUGCGACGGUUCUGGCUCCAUGCAUUUCAUCAAGUCAUGGGCCUCCGCAUGCAAGUCGGGAGGCUCGAUGCCUGCGGUUGCGCCGCCUCCGCUCUUCGACAGGACCUUGAUCUCCGAUCCUCGAGGGCUGUACUCUGUUUUCCUUGAUGACGGGAAAUUCCUCUCACCGACAUGGAAAGCUUAUUUGGGAUUCCCGGUGGAUUGCAGGGAACGACUGCAACCGCCGCUCCCGGCGGCGUACUUCGGAAAUUAUGUAGGGCCUUGUCUUGUGGAGGCAGCGGUGGGCGAUGUUAUUGGAGAAGAGGGGUUUGUAGCGGCGGCGGAGGCAAUUGGGAAAGCAAUUGAAGGAAUAAAAGACGGAUUUUUGGAUGAUGCGGAGAGGUGGCCACGAAGAUUUAUUACUGUGGUGACCGAGCAACCAAUAAUGAGUGUUGCAGGGUCACCAAAGUUCAGAGUUUACGAGACUGAUUUCGGAUGGGGAGGACCGAAGCAGGUUUUGGUGACGUCAGCCGUAUCGGUGGCAGAGAGCAAACAAGUGCAGGGAGGAAUCGAGAUUGGAAUGGUUCUCCCAAACAAUGCGAUGGAUGAAUUGAGGACUCACUUCUUGAAUGUGCUGAAACUUCUUGCAGAAUAA